UCAUCACAGCACAAAAACACUGAGCGUGUUAUAGGCUGUCAACUUUAAAGACCUGGAUGUAGCAAACAAACUUUUUACUGGUUAAGUUUUUUUCCGUUCAACUUGAAGGUUUUGUAUAAGGUGGGAUUGACAAAUUUGAUGUCAUAAUGGACCAUUUAUAAUUUCCCUGAGGCAACAAGAUGGAUGUUAGGACAUUCUGUGCAAGUUUAGAUUCCUUGUAGAAAGUAAAUAAAUAUCCAUCAUCCUCUGGAGAUAUGGGGGACAAUAAAACUGGAAGUAUUGUUUCAGCUGCAAUGAACCGACUGAAAGUGGUGAAAGGAUUGGAGGAUAUGGAGGUGUCGGAGUGUGACAGCUGCUCCUUUGAGGUGACUCUUAACCUGGCUUACAUAGAAGGCAUUUGGAUCAGGGAUGGGAUGCAGGUUAAGUCGAAACCAAGUUGUCGCAUCAGUACACACGGGAAGAAACACUGCCUCAUCCUGAACCGAGUGGCUUUGGGAGAUGCUGGUUUAUACUGUUUCCGGGCCAGUGAGGUUCAGACAUCAGGCAGACUCAUUGUUAGAGCUAGAGAAAUAUAUAUUGAGAAAGAGCUGGAGGAUGUGGAUACGCUUGAGCGUCAACCCGUUAGUUUUAUAUGCGAAGUCAAUCAGGUGGAUGUGGAUGGUCGGUGGUAUCGUGACGACUGCAGAAUCCGACCUGGAGACAACAUCAAGAUAAGACAUCAGGGAAAAACUCAUGCUUUGCUCUUCAAGUCAGUCAGACCAGAACAUGCAGGUGGAAUCAGAUUCACUGCAGAGCGGGUUUCGUCUUAUGCCACUCUUACAGUAAAAGAGCUGCCAGUCCAAAUAAUUCGACCAUUGAGGGUCAAAAUUGCCAUGUAUCGUCACAGAGGUUUACUAGAGUGCCAGGUGUCACGGCCUAAUGCUCAGGUCAAAUGGUACAAGAACAGGAAGGAGCUCCUGCCCUGCAAGAAGUAUCAGCUAAUCAGCCAGGAUGUCUACAGGCAGCUGACCAUCGAAGAUGUUCGCUCUUCAGAUGAAGACACCUACACAUGUGAUGCAGGGGAUGACAAAACCUCAUGUCAACUUUUAGUGGAGGAGCAGGCCAUCAGCAUAGUGCGGGGGAUGAAAUCUGUGGAGGUGAUGGAGCCAAAGCCAGCGCUAUUCCAGGUAGAAACCAGUCUAAAAUCUGGGAGGCCCCCGAAGUGGACCCUAAACAGUGAGGUCCUGGAGCACUCUGCAGGAGUGAAUAUUGACCGGCAGGGGAACCUCCAUAGUCUUUGUUUCACAAGCACUGACAGCUCCAUGUCAGGGCCUGUGGUGUUUGUGGCUGGGAAGAGCCGUUCAACCGCUCAGCUUUCUGUGAAGGAGCGACCUCUUGAGGUUGUUCAGCACUUAGAUGAUGUGGAAGCAAGGGAGAGCAGCUCUGUGAGUUUGUGCUGUGAGUUUGCCCCGUCUCCCCGAGUCGUGCGGUGGUUUAAAGGUCGCACCGCUCUGAAGAUCUCAAACAAAUACUCCAUGAAGAGAGAGGGGAAACGAGUGGAACUGAUCAUUCACAGCCUGACGGGGACUGAUGCAGGACAAUACCGCUGCAUGGCUGGAGGUUCGCAAAGUACAGCACAGGUCAAGGUUGAAGCAAAAACAUUGAAGCUGGUCAAACAUCUUGAACCUGUUGACAUUGAGGAAGAUAGCACUGCCACUUUUUCAUGUGAGCUCAACUAUGUUGUUGCCAAUGCUGAGUGGCUGGUUAACAACGUCCGCCUUAGUUCUAACGCCAUCAACCGGAUCCAACACAUGGGCACAAUGCACAGCCUCGUGAUGCAAAAACUUAGACCACAAGAGAGCAGGGUCACAUUUAAAGCAGGCCUUCUCACUGAGACAACCAUCUUAACGGUUAAAGAGCGCCCGGCAGUGUUUCUUAGGUCUUUGGAGGAUGUCGUUGGAGAAGAGCAAGGGGAGGUCUGCCUGCAGUGUGAAAUCUCUAAAGAUUCAGUGACACCUCUUUGGAGGAAGGAUGGUACUGUCCUGAUACCUGAUGAUAAACAUGAGUUUGUACAGUGUGGAAAGUGCAGGGCACUGAUCAUCCACUCACUGAGCAAGAACGAUGCUGGACAGUACACUUGUGACCUAGGCACCAGUCAGUCCAAGGCUAAAGUUACAGUACAUGAUCUACAUGUUACCAUUGUCCAGCGGAUAAAGACGGUUUCUGUUCUGGAGAGUGAAAACUGUACUUUUGAGUGCCUUCUCUCUCAUGAACUGGAUGAUGAACCCAUUUGGACCAUCAACAGUCAGGUGGUGGUUACCAACAGUCGCAUUCAGCUUGUCAAAAACAGUUGCAUCUACAAGAUGGGAAUUAGAGAUGUCGUACUUUCUGAUGCUGGUGAUGUUGUCUUCACAAUUAAAGACCUGAGUUGUAGAACCAUGUUAUUUGUGAAAGAGAAGCCUGUGCACAUCUUCAGGGACCUGCUCAACGUAAAGGCUGUACCUGGGGAGGACGCUGAGCUGAGCUGUGAAAUCACCAAACCAGAAGUCACCAUUCGUUGGCUGAAAAAUGGACGUCCUAUCAGGCAGAGCCCUAAAUAUGAGAUGACCAUUGAGAAGAACCUGGCACGCCUAGUGAUCAAGAAUGCCUCCAUCAGAGACUCUGGUGAAUACUGUUGCGAGGCUGAUGGUGUUGCAUCCCGAGCCAAGGUGGAAAUCAGAGACCUCCAGCACACUUUUGCAAGGGAGUUGAGAGAUACUCGAGGAGAAGAAAAGGGUAAAGUGACACUGGAGUGUGAGACCAGGCGGCCUGCGAAGCGUGUGACAUGGCUAAAGGGCAUGGUGGAGCUCAAAUCUGGGAAGAAGUAUGUCAUCAAACAGAGGGGAGUGGUUCUAUCCCUUACCAUCUCCUGCCUAGAGAAAACAGACACGGAUAUUUAUGUGUGUGAUGUUGGUACCAUGCAGAGCCGGGCACAACUUACUGUGCAGGGUCAGAAGGUGAUAAUCUUGGAUGAAUUAGAAGAUGUGGAGUGCCUUGAAAGUGACACAGUAACAUUCAGGUGUCGAAUUUGUCCCGAUGACUAUUGGGGAGUCAAGUGGUAUCUGGAUGAGACUCUGCUUUAUACCAAUGAGCUCAAUGAGAUCCAGGUGAAACCAGGAGGCCUCCACACCCUUACAUUUAGACAACUUGCCCGCAAAGACACUGGUACUAUUUCGUUUGUAGCAGGGGACAAAAGAUCUUAUGCCUCACUGCUAGUUAGAGAGAGGCGUCCUACCAUCAUCAAAUCACUGGAAGACUGUGAGGCUUUUGAGGGAGGAGGCUUAGUUUUGUCUUGUGUGACGUCCAAGCCAUGUCACAUCUUGUGGUACAAAGAUGGCUGCCUGAUGUGGCACUCCUCCAGAUACUUCACCACCCAUUCUGGCUGUGAAGCCCGACUGACCAUUCGAGAGGUCAGCAACAGUGAUGCUGGGGUGUACGAGUGCAGCGCUGGCUCUGUCACAACCACAGCUGUCGUUACUGUCAAAGCCAUCCAAGCAGAGUUCACCCAGCCUCUGCAUGCUGUGGAGGCCAAAGAAGGAGAAGAUGUUACACUAACCUGUGAAUACUCUUUACCUGGAGUCCAGUUUCAUUGGAAGAAAGGUUUUGAGAACAUCCGACCUGGAGAAAAGUAUGUCAUGAAACAGAGAAAAACCAUCAUCUCUCUUACCAUCAAAGCACUUCUCCCUGAGGACUCAGGAGAGUACACAUGCCAUUGCAGGCAACACCAGACGAAGGCCAGUCUCAAAGUGCAUGCUAUUCCCAUUACAUUCAUUCAGAAACUGAAGAACCUGCAAGCUGAUGAGGGCAGCAGUGUGAUAUUGCGCUGUGAAAUUUCUAAGCCUGGAAUACCGGUAGAAUGGAGGAAGGAGCACGAACUGCUGAGGAACGGUGUCAAGUUCCAGAUGAGGAAAAGGGAAACCACUUUGGAGCUUCUGAUUUGGAAACCUGCACCUGAAGACAGUGGGGUGUACAGCUGUGAGUGUGCUGAUCAGAUAACAUCUGCCACAGUCAAGAUCACCGCUCUGCCAGUCACCUUCAAACAGAAGCUGAGGAACGUGUUGAUUGAGGAGGGCAACACCGCUAUAUUUCGUUGUGAACUCUCCAAGGCUGGUCAAACUGUAGAGUGGAGGAAAAAUCGAGACCGAGUCAUCAGGAACGGAGAAAAGUAUCACGUGCGACAGAGAGACAUACUUACUGAACUCAGGAUCAUUGAUGUGUCUCCUGAAGACAGUGAUAUCUACACUUGCAUCUGUGGAAACAUUGAGACAACAGCCACCCUGACUGUAAAUGCCAUUCCUGUGACCUUCAAGCAAAAGCUGAAGAACCAGCAAGUGGAGGAAGGACACAACAUCACACUGCAGUGUGAGAUUUCAAAAGCUGGCGUCCCAGUUGAGUGGAGGCUUGGAGGAGAGCAGUUGGAGAAUGGAGAUAAGUACCAGAUAAAGCAGAGGGAUUCCAUCCUGGAACUGACCAUCAGGGAUGCUGUGCCCGAGGACAGCGGCAUCUACACCUGUGUGUGCAGAGAGCAGAAAACAAAGGCCACUGUAAAAGUCAUUGCAGUUCCUGCCACAUUUAAAGUGAGUAUGAAGAGCCAAGAGGUGGAAGAAGGGAAUAGUGUGACUCUACAAUGUGAGCUGUCAAAGAAAGGUGUCCCUAUUCAGUGGCUGAAAGAGGGGCAGGUGCUGUCUGAAGAGUUAGGCUGUGAUAAAUACCAGAUAAAGGUUGAAGGAAGGAAAGCUUCAAUGACUAUUUUCAAUGCACAACUAGAUGAUGCAGGAAAGUACAGCUGCAUUACUGGAGAUGAGAAAACCACAGCGGAAAUCAGAGUCAAAGUGCUUCCUGUCACAUUCAAACAAGAACUCCAGCGCCUGUCGGUCAAAGAAGGAGAGUGUGGAGUUUUCUGCUGUGAACUCUCCAAAUCUGGAGCUGCUGUGGAGUGGAGAAAAGGCAGAGUGAUCCUGAAACCAGGAGAGAAAUAUGAAAUGAAACAGGAGGGCCAUCUAACUAAACUCAUUAUAAACAACGUGGAGGAGAGCGAUGCUGGCAAAUACACCUGCAAGACUAAACACAGCCAAUCCACUGCUGAGCUCAGAGUGCGAGAUCUCCCUCCACGCUUCACGUUACCAUUAGUUAACCAGGAGGUCACAGAGGGCAACGUUGUGGCUCUGCACUGUGAGCUCAACAAGCCUGCUAACUCAGUGGAGUGGAGGAGAGGAGGACAGCUACUCAGGAACGGAGACAAGUACCAGAUGAGGAAGAAAGACCUGCAGGUGGAAAUGAAGAUCACAGACCUCACAGUGGAGGAUUCUGGAGAUUACACCUGUGUAUGUGGGGAAGAAAGGACAACAGCUCAGAUCACAGUCAAUGAAAGGCCUAUUAAAUUCAUUCAAGAUCUGAAGAAUAUUCAAGUACAGGAGGGAAACGGCGUGGCACUCUCUUGUGAGCUCUCCAAACCGGGCUUCCCAGUGCAGUGGAAGAAGGAUGAUGUUGUGCUGACCAGUGGUGAGAAAUACCAGAUCAGGCAAAAUGGCUCCAAGCCAGAGCUUCUCAUCAGGAAAAGUCUCCCAGAGGACAGCGGCUCUUACAGCUGCAUUUGUGAUGAUGUCAAAACUACAGCAAGUGUUGCAAUUACUGCAAUUCCAGUGACAUUCAAGCAAAAACUGAAGAACCAGGAAGCAGUGGAGGAUGGUUAUUUAACAUUACGCUGUGAGCUUUCCAAACCUGGACAAGCAGUAGAGUGGAGGAGAGAUGCACAACUUCUGAAGGAUGGAGAAAAAUACCAGAUAAAGCAGGAGGGCCGAGCAGCAGAGUUGCUGAUUAGAACUGUAACCCUUGCAGAUGCAGGAGAAUACAUCUGUUGUGCUGGGACUGCUAUGACUUCAGCUGACAUCAAAGUUAGAGCUCUUCCUGUGACAUUCAAGAAAGAAGUUGAGAAUUUGGAGGUGAAGGAAGGAGACAGCGCAGCUUUCUGCUGUGAGCUCUCCAAACCCGGAGCUCCAGUCAACUGGAGAAAAGGCAGAGUCAUCCUGAAGUCUGGUUACAAGUACGAGAUGAAACAAGAGAGAGAUCUCACCAAGCUGAUCAUCAACAACGUGGAGGAGAACGAUGCUGGAAAAUACACCUGCAAAACAGAGGACAGCCAAUCCACAGCAGAGCUCACAGUCAAAGCUCCGCCCGUCACAUUCAAAACAAAGCUAAGGAACCAGCAGGUGGAGGAGGAAAACAACGUGACGUUGAGCUGUGAAUUGUCAAAGCCCGGCCUCGCUGUGGAGUGGAUGAAAGGGAAAGAGGUGCUGAAGAGUGAUUUCAAGUACCAGAUUAAAAAUCGUAACAGCAUCAUGGAGCUGACCAUCAAAAACACCCAGCUGGAGGACAGUGGGCUCUACAGUUGUAUGUGUGGAGAUGUCAAGACCACAGCACAUGUCACAAUUACACCCAUCCCUCUAACAUUCAAACUGGGUCUGAAGAACCAGGAGGCUCCGGAGGGAGGGAAUGUGUGUCUGCGCUGUGAGCUGUCCCGGGCCGGAGUGCCCGUUCAGUGGUGGAAAGGGGAGGACCAGCUUUACCACGGAGGGAGAUUCCAGAUGACACAGAAAGGGAAGAUAGCUGAGAUGACCAUCAGAAACAUACAACCAGAGGAUGUUGGAGAAUACAGCUGUGUAUUUGGAGGUCAAAAGACAACAGCUGAAGUCAAUGUGAGAGCUGCAGCAUCUGUGUACUUUGAGAAGGAACUAGAGAGCCAAGUGGUUAUGGAGGGGAAAUCUGCGCUCAUGUCCUGUGAAGUUUCUAGUGCUAACGUUCCUGUCACUUGGAAGAAAGACAGCACUGUGGUGGAAAACGGUGUGCAUUACAUAGUGAGAAAAAAAGGCCCUUUGCACACUCUGGAGAUUAAGAAACUGCAGCUGACAGAUGCUGGAGAGUAUUGCUGCAUCACCAGAGGAAAGAAAACCACUGCCAAACUGAUUGUGAGGGAGCGUGUCAAGAUUGUGAAGGAACUGCAGGACCUAACAGUGACAGCUGGAGAAGAUGCUGUGUUUGUGUGUGAGCUGACCCAUGCAGAUGUGAGCGAGGGCGUAUGGUGGCUUGGUUCGAGCCCCCUGCAGAAAAAUGAGAUGAACCAGAUCACGUGCCAUGGACGCCAGCACCGCCUCGUCCUCACCAUGACAACACCAGAAGAGACUGGCAAUGUAGCAUUUGUAGUUGGGGAGGAAAGGACCUCUGCAAAACUGUUGGUUCUCCCUAAGCCCAAAGUUUUGUUUGAGGAGAAACCCAAAGACAGUGUCAUCAUGGAAGGAGAGACAGCUUUCCUGUCCUGUGCUACAUCUGAUUGCAUCACCAUGGUUACCUGGAAGCGCAACCAUGUCCCACUUCGAAGUGGUGAUAAAUAUGAGAUGUGCAAGGAGGGUAAAGUCAAUCGGCUUCUUAUCCAUGAUGUGGAGCCCCAGGAUAGUGGCAUAUAUUCCUGUGAUACAGGAGAUGUGCAGAGCAGUUUCAAACUGACUGUAACAGAACUUCCUGCGUUCUUUCAAGAAGAGCUACAAAGUGUAGAAGCUGAAGAAGGAGGCUCGGCCUGCCUCUACUGUGAGAUAUCUAAACUAGGAGUACCGAUUCAGUGGAAAAAGGACAGGCUGCCGAUAAGAGCCAGCAGGAAGUAUGAGGUGAGGCAAGAUGGCUGCUUUCUCCAGCUUUUCAUCAAAAAUCUUAAACCUGAGGACAGCGGCAGCUACACGUGUCAAGCAGGGAAUGCAGAGACAAGUGCAACUGUGUCUGUAAGAGAGACACCUCCAUUCUUCAAAAAAGAAUUGAGAAGUUUGGAGGCUGAGGAAGGAGGUGCAGCUUUCCUGCAAUGUGAGCUAUCUAAACCAGGAUUGUCUGUGCAGUGGAAGAAAAACAAACUGCCUCUUAGGUCAAGCAGAAAGUAUGAAAUAAAACAAGAUGGCUGCCUGUUCCAGCUAAACAUCAAUGACCUGAAACCUGAAGACAGUGGCAGCUACACAUGUCAAGCAGGAAGCAUAGAGACGACUUCUAAUGUGACAGUCAGAGAACUCCCAGCUUUUUUCAAGGAGAAUCUGCAGAACAUAAAGGCAGAUGAAGGGGGUACAGCCUCACUUUUCUGUGAAGUUUCUAAGUCUGGAGUUUCUGUUCAGUGGAAGAAGAACAAUGUGACUCUGAGAGCCAAUAGGAAGUAUGAGAUGAAGCAGGAAGGCUGCUUUCUACAGCUUAACAUCAAGGAGAUCAAUCUAGAGGACAGUGGCUGCUACACUUGCCAAGCAGGAGGAGCAGAAACUAGUGCCACUGUCUCAGUAAAAGAGCUCCCACCUUUCUUUAAGGAGAAUUUGAAAAGUCUAACCAUUGAGGAGGGAGGGACAGCCGCCCUUUGCUGUGAGGUAUCUAAGCCUGGGCUGCAUGUGCAAUGGAAGAAGAACAGGCUGCCAUUAAGAGCGAACAGGAAGUAUGAGAUGAAGCAUGAUGACUGCUUCCUUGAGCUGUACAUCAAAGAUCUCACACUUGAUGAUAGUGGUAGCUACUCAUGUCAGGCUGGAGAUGUAGAGACUACUGCAACUCUGACAGUGAAAGAGCUUCCCACCUUCUUCAAGAAAGAGCUAGUAAACAUGGAGGCUGCGGAAGGUGGAGCAGCAUCUUUGUGCUGUGAAGUGUCCAAACCUGGAGCUUCUGUGCAGUGGAAGAAAAACAAGAUGCCAUUAAGAGCCAGUAAGAAGUUUGAGAUGAAGCAGGAAGGCUGCAUAGUUCAGCUUCACAUUAAUGAUGUCAAAGCUGAGGACAGUGGUAGCUACACAUGUCAAGCUGGACCCGCUGAGACCACUGCGACACUAUCUGUGAAAGAACACCCAGUUUUCUUCAAGAAAGAAUUACAAAAUAUGAAUGGUGACGAAGGAAGCAUCAUCUCUCUGUGCUGCGAACUUUCCAAACCUGUUCCUGUGCUCUGGAGGAAAAACAAAUUGCCUAUGAGAGCCAGCAGGAAGUAUGAGAUGAAACAAGAAGGUUCCAUCAUUCAACUUUAUAUCAAAGAUUUAAAACUUGAGGACAGCGGCAGCUACACGUGUCAAGCAGGGAAUGCAGAGACAAGUGCAACUGUGUCUGUAAGAGAGACACCUCCAUUCUUCAAAAAAGAAUUGAGAAGUUUGGAGGCUGAGGAAGGAGGUGCAGCUUUCCUGCAAUGUGAGCUAUCUAAACCAGGACUGUCUGUGCAGUGGAAGAAAAACAAACUGCCUCUUAGGUCAAGCAGAAAGUAUGAAAUAAAACAAGAUGGCUGCCUGUUCCAGCUCCACAUCAAUGACCUGAAACCGGAAGACAGUGGCAGCUACACAUGUCAAGCAGGAAGCAUAGAGACGACUUCUAAUGUGACAGUCAGAGAACUCCCAGCUUUUUUCAAGGAGAAUCUGCAGAACAUCAAGGCAGAUGAAGGGGGUACAGUCUCACUUUUCUGUGAAGUUUCUAAGUCUGGAGUUUCUGUUCAGUGGAAGAAGAACAAUGUGACUCUGAGAGCCAAUAGGAAGUAUGAGAUGAAGCAGGAAGGCUGCUUUCUACAGCUUAACAUCAAGGAGAUCAAUCUAGAGGACAGUGGCUGCUACACUUGCCAAGCAGGAGGAGCAGAGACUAGUGCCACUGUCUCAGUAAAAGAGCUUCCCCCGUUUUUCAAGGAGAAUUUGAAAAAUGUCUCCAGUGAGGAGGGAGGGACAGCAUCCCUUUGCUGUGAGGUAUCCAAGCCAGGGCUGUCAAUACAAUGGAAGAAGAACAGGCUGCCACUGAGAGCAAACAGGAAGUAUGAGAUGAAGCAUGAUGGCUGUUUCCUCCAACUUUACAUCAAGGAUCUCACACCUAAGGAUAGUGGUAGCUACUCAUGCCAAGCUGGAGCUGCAGAGACUACAUCAACUGUGACAGUGAAAGAACUUCCUCCUUUCUUCAAGAAAGAGCUAGUAAACAUGGAGGCUGACGAAGGUGGAGCAGCAUCUUUAUGCUGCGAAGUGUCUAAACCUGGAGCGUCUGUGCAAUGGAAGAAAAGCAAGAUGCCACUAAGAGCCAGUAAGAAGUAUGAGAUGAAACAAGAAGGUUCCAUCCUUUAUCUACAUAUUAAAGAUCUGAAACCUGAGGACAGUGGCAGCUACUCGUGCCACGCAGGGAAUGCAGAGACAAGUGCCACCGUGUCUGUAAAAGAGACGGCCCCAUUCUUCAAAAAAGAAUUAAGAAGUUUGGAGGCAGAGGAAGGAGGUGCAGCUUUCCUGCAAUGUGAGCUAUCUAAACCAGGAUUGUCUGUGCAGUGGAAGAAAAACAAACUGCCUCUUAGGGCAAGCAGGAAGUAUGAAAUAAAACAAGAUGGCUGCCUGUUCCAGCUCCACAUCAAUGACCUGAAACCUGAAGACAGUGGCAGCUACACAUGUCAAGCAGGAAACACAGAGACCACUGCAACUUUAUCUGUGAAAGAACUUCCUGUGUUCUUCAUCAAGGACAUACAAAAUAUGAAUGCUGAAGUAGGAGAGAUGAUCUCAUUGUGCUGUGAACUUUCCAAACCUGGUGUUUCAGUGCUGUGGAAGAAAAACAAGCUGCCACUGAGAGCCAGCAUGAAGCAUGAGAUGAAACAAAAUGGUUGCCUCUAUCAGCUUAACAUCAAAGAUCUCAAGCUUGAGGACAGUGGCACCUACACAUGCCAAGCAGGGAGUGCAGAAAGCACCGCAAAUGUGGCAGUUAAAGAGCUUGCUUCAUUGUUCAUCCAAGAAUUACAAAGUGUAGAGGCAGAGGUUGGCAGUGCAGCCUCAUUGUCCUGUGAGUUAUCCAAACCUGCAGUCUCUGUACUGUGGAAAAAGGAUAACAUGCCUCUGAGAGCCGGAGAAAAGUAUGAGAUGAAACAAGACGGCUGUUUCCUGCAGAUUAACAUCCAGAAGCUCUGUUCAGAGGACAGUGGUAGUUACUCAUGUCACGUCGGAAAUGCAGAAACGUCUGCAAGAGUACAAAUAAAAGCACCAAAACCUCCAUCAGAGGAAAAGUCUAGAACAGCAUUGGCACAGAUGAAAAGUACUAUUGGUAAACCAGCUCCUGCUUCAGAAAUUGAAAGGCCCCACCUUCCAGAUCCAAACCAAAUUCCCCCUGAGCCCAAGAAAAGGACAAAUAGGAAAGCAUCUAUUACUUCUGUCGAAAAAGACUCAGAGCAAGUUUUUGACAUAAAGGUGUCUGUGCACAAUAUCAAUAAUGAAGUCCAACAGGGUGUCCAAUGUGAAGGAUCUAAAGUAGAGCACUUGGAUGUUCCUCAGAAUGGAAAAAAAGUGGAAAGGAGUGAAGACAAAGGGAGUGAAGUGCACAAGAAAGAGGCUAAGACAGUUCAGCUACCAGAGAAGAAUUAUAAGGCUGGCAGGAGAAUUGAAAAACCAGCUUCACCUCUGGGUAUGGAAAAUGAUCUUAUGGAAAAGAGGCAACCAGAAGGAAGUGUAGGAAAAUUUGUUAAAGUCAUCCCUCCAGUAAAUCAGUCAGAAAAGCUUGUGGGUAACAAAGUAGUUGAACUGAAAAAGACACAAAAGGGAUGUGAAACUGAAAAGGGGUUUAAACAACAAGAAGACUCUUCAGAAGAAGCAAAUGAAGUUAAACAGAAAAUAACUCAACAAGCAACAACAAUUUGGAGAAACAGUCAGGAUGAAAAACAUGUACAAGAACAGCUUAAUGGGAAAGAAAUAAACACAGAUGUCAAACCUUCAAAAAACAAAGGUGAAGUAAGAAAGACAGAAGAGGAGACUUUGAAACCACCAGUAAGAUCUAAGGCAAAGGUAGCAUAUGGAGAGCAAUCACUCAAGUCUAUUAUGAAUCAAACAGAGGAUACAAUUCCUCGACUAAUCAAGACUUCUCUUAAGGAUUUUGAAGAUCGUAAAGAGAUACAAAAUGGGCAAGAGUUCACAGAGAAGAUAUUGACGCAAACACCCAGAGCAAACCAGCAAUCAAUAGAAGAGCCAGAAAAGGCAGAUGAAAUUCUUCAAUUUGCACCUCCAAAACCACCUGAGAGGAGAAAGAGUAAAGUAAAAAUAGGAAUGGAAAGACAGGGGUCAAGGGACACAGAGACAGAUCAAGAUGAUAUACAGCCGAAAAGAGUUGGAGUAAAGUCCCCUGAGGAGAAGACAGACAAACAGCUAAAAAAGCCUUUAAAGAAAGAUGUUGAAGAAAUUUUAAAAUUAGAAAGAAGUAAGUCUAUCACAACUGAUAGUGAAAUGGAAAAUAAACUUAAGCAACCAGUAAAACAACCAGUAAAACCAAUUAAGAAAGAACCUGAAAUUAAACUGGCUGUUGAGCCAAUAAGAAGAGUGGAGGAAACAAAAUCAACUAAGAUGGAAGACAACAUUCCUCUGCUCUACAUUUCUGAGGAAGAAACUUUCUCAGAGGCCUUAACUGAGCUUCCUCCUAACCACAUCCAACCUGCUGUUCUCGAGAGACAAACAGGACAGCAACUUAUCCAGGAGAUCCAGCCACCAGAACCGUCUCCCCUAGAGACUGACAUCAACAUAGACGAUGAACCCGAAAUGCAAGAAGCUGCCAUUAAGAUCCAGGCAGUAUUCAAAGGCUACAAAGCUCGGAAAGGCAUGCGACCAGUCUUUAAGGAGGUAUUCAAGAACCAGAACGCAGAUCUUCAUGGUACACUUACAUUAAAGUGUGUUGUCGAUGGAAGACCCAGCACUGUGCGCUGGAUGAAAAAUGGCCAACAUGUUAUAAAUGAUCCUCGAUGCCGGGUUGAAACAACAGAAAACGGAGAAUGCACACUUGUGGUUAAGAACUUGAACAAAAGCGACAGUGGAGUUUAUACCUGUGAGGUGGCAAAUAAGUUUGGUGUGACUUCCUACAAUGGAAACAUAACUAUAGUGAAGACUGUGCAACCUGUUCCUGCAGUCCAGAAGCCUAUACACCCACCACUAGCAGCCAUAACUCCUUUGCAGCUUGCUCCACAAAAGCCUGACACUCAGGACAUGACACAGACUCAAAGUCUGACUCAGAGUCAAGCAGAGCUAGCUCCAACUUCAGAUGCUGAAAAUUAUGUAGAAAGUGUGAGUGUUUCCCUGUGGGAUGCCUACAUCUUGACAGAACAGAACAAUCAAACACUCAUGCAAGAGAGAAGAUCUUCCCUCAUUGCUGUCAGCUCCUUGUCAAGUCCCUCAGAGUAUGACACAGCUCCUGAUAUAGUGGAGCCUGUUGAGACUAUACCAGUGACACAAAGGGAAGUACCAAAACCAGCUGAUACAAUGCAGCCAAAGGAUAAUAAUGAAGAAACAGCUGCUCCGAAACCUCCUAUGAAACUGCUGAAUGUUAAAGGACCUCAUGAUAUUAAGUUAAGGACACCAUCUCCAAAGCACCAUCGAUCCCACACACCUUUAACAAGUACUGUGUCUGGAUCUGAGUCAGAGGGUGAAGAGGAUAGACGAGAGAUAUUUGAAAUAUAUGUAGCUCGAGCCGACUGCAGUCCUAAUAUUGGAAGUAAGGACAGUUUUAUUCUUAAAGAGGGUCAGUUUGUGGAGGUCUUGGACUCUGUUCAUCCUGACAGAUGGUUGGUGAGGACCAAGCCAUCCAAAACCAACCCCUCUCGGCAGGGAUGGCUGUGUCCAGCCUAUCUGGAAAAGAAGAGAAAAGAAACCUUCCCACAAAGGAGAGUUGCUCAGGAGGAUCUCGAUGGAAUUGGGUCUACAGGGGAAGAGUACAGGAGAGCACUGAGUCAGCUGAUCCAAGGCUUGAUUGAUGGAGAAGAGGAGUUUGUAAAGGCAAUGAAGAUGUUUAUCAUUCACCUGCUCAACCAUCUGGACUGUAGCCAUCAUGUUCCCAUUAACAUCCUCAACCAGAAAGAAAUCAUCUUCAGGAACAUCAAAGAUAUUGUCGGUUUACAUGAACGUUCCAUCCUCCCUGGCCUGAGGGAGUGUGUUACAGAUGAUGAUGUUGCCAUGUAUUUAAUCAAGCACACUGAACAUUUUGAAAAGUAUCUUCACUACAUGGUGGGGCAAGCACAAGCGGAGGCCUGCAUCAGUGACAAGGCUGUUCAGCAAUACUUCAAAGACAUAACAGCACCUGAGAAGCCUGGUGGUGCCCCAAUAAUGGAUGUCCUUACUUUCCUGCAGCAACCAGUGGAGAGGAUUCAAACUUACCAGGCUUUACUGAAGGAGUUGAUCAAGAAUAAAGCAAAGAGUGGCCAGAGCUGCUACCUUUUAGAGGACGCCUUCUCCGUGGUGUCCUGCUUGCCCUGGAGAUCAGACAACCUGCAUCGAGUAUCACUGAUUGAAAACUAUCCAGCUCCUCUUACUGCUCUAGGCGAGCCUGUACGACAGGGAGUCUUCACAGUAUGGGAGGAAUCUCCAGAAGUGAAAACAACCUCUAGGGGGCAUCAGAGACAAGUGUUUCUCUUUAAGGAAUGCAUUGUACUGUGUAGGGUGAAGAGAGAUGGCAGCAUGAAUCGAGACACUUAUAGCUUUAAGAACAAAAUGAAGCUGAAUGAUGUGGAAAUAAAGGAAACUGUGGGUGGAGAAGACAGGUCCUGGGGUUUGUGGCAUGAGCACAGAGGCUCUAUACGGCGUUACACUUUGCAGAGCAACUCCACACUGGUUAAGCUGUCCUGGCUGAAAGACCUGAAGGAGCUGCAGCAGCGGUCCAGCCUCAGCAAUAACUGCCCUCCAGUGUUUGAGUCUCUGCUUUGUGAUUGCUCAACACAAAUUGGACAGACAGUCAAACUGACCUGCAGAGUAUUGGGAUUUCCAAAACCAGUGGUCAGCUGGAUCAAAGAUGGUCUUCCUUUGGAGGAUGACCCACGCCACAUCAUCUCAGCUGACCGGUCAGGAACAUGCAGUCUUGUCCUGGACUGCCUUACAGCAGAGGACUCUGGUCAGUACAUGUGCUAUGCAACCAGCUCUAUGGGCAGUGCAGGCACUCUGGCUAAGGUGGUAGUGCAAGCUCCACCCAGAUUUGUGAGCCGACUAGAAAGUGCUUGUCUGAUUGACGGAGAGGAGAUCCAGUUUUCAUGUUCCACUCUCACAACCCCUUUACCAAGAAUCAGAUGGUUGAAAGAUGGCAAGGAGCUGACUGACAGCAACAAAUACUCCAUUGUGAACGACGCCCGAAGUGGAAUCUUGUCUCUCACAGUUAUCGGAGCAACAGAGGCAGAUAUUGGACAGUAUGAGUGUGAGCUUUGGAAUGAACUUGGCUGUGUCAAAUGCAAAGCAGGCCUAUGUCCUGCCUUUGUACCACCGGGUGACGGUGAGAGUGACCAAUCACAGGACUUACCUGCUAAAGGUACAACUGUCCGAGCCACUGGAGUCAAUACCCAUGUGAAAACCCAUGACAGUGUUUUCAUAUGUGUGGUUUAUCCUUUAAGCAAAUUAGCUGCGUUUCCAAAGGCUAACUCUCCACUCCUACAAGAUGGUCAUGUGCUGGGCGAGUGUAUCCUUCCUGCCCGUGCAGGAGUGGGCAUGUCAUCAUGUCCUGUUGAUGUGAAAGUUUUCCUAAUUGGUGUUUUGGUUUUUCUAGAAGCUGACUCAGAGCCCUGGUCCACUGCCUUUGUUAAGAAAUGGCUGCAGACUGAUUUCAGCCCUUCUUCUAUUGCCAAGACACAAAUUUCCCCUGGAUCUUCUGAAUACAGCCCCGCUGUGGAUGUUCACUCAUCUGCAGGACAGCAGUCGUCAUGUUAUCUGGAAGAAGAAGAAGAGAUCUACAUCUCAGAGGCUCUCCACGAAAUAACAGAUGCUCCUCCUUCAGUCCAGGUCCCUGCUGAGGAUCUGUGUGUCGAACCUGGACAACCAGCAACAUUCAUGGCCAUCAUCACAGGAAGACCCACACCUAAAGUACAGUGGUACAAGGAUAAGGAGCCCCUCACAGCCAAUGAGAAUGUGAAAAUAGUCCAACAUGGUGCUCGCUGCAGCCUAACCAUAUUGUGCCCUGAAGGAGAGGACAGUGGCAUAUAUACCUGCUUCACUCACAACGACUCAGGCCAAGCCUCCUGUGAAGCUCAGCUAACGGUUGAGGAAGGUCUGCUUGAUCCUCAGGAGAGGGAAGUGGAGCUGGGGAAGAGAAGGAGAUUAUUCUCAGUCUAUGAUGUACAUGAGGAAAUUGGAAGGGGGACGUUUGGGGUGGUGAAGCGUGUCAUCCACAGAAGAACAGGGGAAGUGUUUGCUGCCAAAUUUUUGCCUCUUCGGAGCAGCUCUCGGACCAGAGCCUUCCAGGAGAGGGACCUUCUGUCUCGCCUCGCUCACCCCAGAGUGGCCUGCCUCCUGGACUUCUUUUGCACCAGACGCACCCUGGUGUUAAUCACAGAAAUCUGUUGUUCUCAUGGACUUCUGGACCAUUUAUUGAUGAGAGGAUCUGUCUCAGAAAAAGAGGUUCAAUUUUAUGUCCAACAAAUUCUAGAAGGGGUUUGUCAUAUUCACAGCAUGAACAUCAUGCAUCUGGAUAUCAAACCUGAAAAUAUAUUAAUGGUGUACCCGCCAAAAGACGAGAUCAAGAUCUGUGAUUUUGGCUUCUGCCAGGAAAUAGACACAUCCCGACACCAGUACAGUAUGUUGGGUACCCCAGAGUUUGUUGCACCUGAGAUUGUACAUCAAGAACCUGUUACUGUGGCCACAGAUAUUUGGGCUGUCGGUGUCAUAACAUUUCUGUGUCUGGUUUGCCGAUGCCCCUUUGUGGGCGAGACUGACCGUGCAACAUUGCUGAGGGUGGGAGAAGCAACUUUAAACUGGGACGCCCCAGACAUUGUAUGCAGGAGCCCAGAAGCCAGGAAUUUUCUCCGUACAGUCCUUCAACCGGAUCCAGAGACUCGACCAUCUGCCUUUGAGUGCUUGAGUCAUGAGUGGCUUCAGGAUGGAAAUGCAGGGGAGGACACUGAUGAAAUCAACACGAGGAGUUUGAAAGUUUUCAUCUCUAAAAGGAAGUGGCAGCGUUCUUUGACAUCCAUCGGGUCUGUGCUCACACUGAGGCCCAUCCCUGAGCUGCUAGAUGCUCCUCUCAGAGAGACAUCAGUUGCGGUGCCCCACGAGCCACAGGAGCACAGCAGCACCUCCCUGAGCAGUGGCUCCUCUUCAGAGUAUGAUGAGGCUGACUCUUGGGACUUUUUCCAGCACUGCAGCCAGACAGAGGAGGACGAGGAGGAGGAGACAGAAGAAGAGUAUGACCCCUUAACAGAGAGGGCACAGAUCUUGGAUCCAUAUCCUAAAUGCCUCCUAAGUUUACAGGGGGAGGAGGUAGGGACUUUUGGGGAGGAUGAGGAUGGAGAAAUGGGGGGAAGAAGGAGUAUUAUCGAACGCAGCAUGAGCAGAGCAUCGAUUGCGUCAUCAUCAACAACAACAGACCAACAGACACCUCAGAGGGAACGACGCUUCAGCAAGGAUAGCAACCAAUCUUUGUACCUCUCUGAUGGCGAAGAGGGUUCAGGAAGUGAUGGAGGCCGCAUUCCCAGAGGAAGCGUCAUCCGGAGCACUUUCUACAACAGCUCUCAACAGCUUUCCCCUCUGUCUGCGAGACACAUGACUUUGAGGGACAAAUUCCAGGCGAAAAAGCAGGAAAGAGGCCGUAAGCCUCUCAGGAGGAGCUUCUCGGGACGGCUCAAUGAGCCUCUGAUUGAAUACGUGGAGGAUGAGCCUGAGAGCAACCGUGGGCAGAGACGAGGAUCCGUACAGCCCAGCAUGCAGAAGUCCUCUUCGUUUGAUGAUGGGGUGGGCUUCUCUCACACCAAUGUACCACCGCCACACAGACGGAGCAGAUCUCUUGACGAGUAUUCCCGUCGAUCUCCCAGCUCAGCCAGCCAUGAAAGCGCACACGAAGAAGAGGCCUCUCACAGCAUGAAGGGAGAAAUCACAGAUGGUGAAGCAGCUGGGAGAAAUUCACUAAUUAUCCAGAAAGCUCCAAAAGUCUCAGAACGAAGAGGCUCAGUCGCUCCGACACAAAGACUCUUCAGUGGAUCAUCUGUUCCAUCGGAGUUCCUUGCUGGAGGGAGAAUGAGGUCCAGGCUGGGUCAGGACCAGAUUGAAGGAGACACUCUGACCAGCUCCCAGGGAUCUCUGGCUGAGUCUUUUAUUCUGGAACAUGGUGGAUCUGAGUCUUCAAGUAGAAUAGGCUCCUUUGAUGAGCUCAGUCAUGGUCAUGUUGGAAGGAGAUACCGAUCAGGACAGAGUGAUGAAAAUGAUGAAAACAGUGAACCCCUGAUUACACCCUCUCCUUCCUCAUUUCAGAAAAUAAAACCUCGAAGUUCCCGUCCUCAGCCUCCACCACGUAAUAGGACCCGGUCCAAUCCCAACUUGUCUACAAUUAGCAAAGGUCAGCCAGAGAGGCCCUCAAUGCCGAGUCCCAGUCCAAGCAUUUGCUCUCUAGGAACUCCUGAGAGGCCUCCCCGAGCCCGAGACAAGAAAGAGGGCUCCAUGCUCCAAAGGCAUGCGUCUGCUCCGGCUCUGGAAGCGCGCCCAACGACUGGAAAGUCCCCCAAACUGGGUCUCCUGAGGAUCUUCCGCAGGCAGUCCUGGACCAGCCACUCAUACACCCAGCUGGAGAACACGGAGCUGGGGCCCACACUGGGAGAGAUCAUGAAGCCCGAUACACCCACUAUGUCUCUGAGGAAGAAGAUGAGAGCUUCAGCCUCCAGUCUGACUAAACUGUUUUCCAGGUCCUCCAGUAACGAAGAUGUCAGCAAAGGACGGCCAAUAGUUAAAGGAUCCGCUGCCAUCCCAGCUGAGAGGGGACAGAGCAGCGGUCUUGAGACCCCCAAAAAGAGAAGCUCAAAGCUCCUCUCAUCUUUUAAAAUACCACCGUUCAAAAAGAUUAAAGUUCGUCCCAGCAAAGCAGAGGUGCUCCAGCUAGACGGAGGUGGAGUCCUGCUGGUGUGGAGGCCUGUCCAGUCCGAUGACCCAGUCACUUACUGUGUGCAGUACUGUUCAGAUGGUGGCGAAUGGACAGUCCUGUCAGAUGAGGUGGCAGACAGCUGCUACGUAGUGAAGGACUUACCUAAAGGGGCGUCGUAUGUGUUCAGGGUGGGCUGCGUCACCAGGACAGGAGCAGGACCUUUCAGUGAAGCUUCAGCUCCCAUUGUCAUGUCCACUCAUCCUGAAGAUAUCCGCAUUCCUCUCAUUCAGGCUGACUCAAUCGGGUCAAAAGUCCCUGGAUCAGAACAUCAAACCGCAAACAGGAACUACAGCUUCCUGUCUGAGAUCAACAGGGGUCGUUUCAGUGUCAUAAACUUGUGCAGGGAUGUGGAAACCAGUCAGGUAUUUGCUGCUAAGAUCACUCCCUACCAGGCCAAGCAAAGACAGCUGGUGCUGCAGGAGUACCAGCUGCUCAGGAGGCUGCACCACCCCCACCUGGUUCAGCUGUAUGCUGCUUUCAUCACCCCUCUGUAUGUGCUGCUGGUGGAGGAGUUGUGUCCCGGCAAGGAGCUGCUGCACAGUCUGGCUGCAAGAGACCUGUAUGCAGAGAGUAAUGUGGCCGAGCUGCUCCAUCAGAUUGUCAGCGCAGCGGACUACCUCCACAGCCGUCGGGUCAUCCACUUGGACCUGAAGUCUGACAACAUGUUAGUGGAUGAUGGCAACCACCUCAAGAUCAUCGACUUUGGCUCGGCUCAGUCCUUCGUUCCCGGACAGCCUCUCAACAUCGAGCACAUUCACGGCUUCUCAGACAGCAAAGUCUAUAUUGUCCUUCCUAAAGCUCCAGAAAUCCUGGAGGGUCAGGGUGUGGGGCCGGAGACUGACAUCUGGGCCAUUGGAGUCCUGUCCUUUAUCAUGCUGAGCGCCGACAGUCCCUUUUAUGCCGAACACAGCUGGGAGCAAGACAAAAACAUUAAGAAAGGAAAGAUACAAUUUGGCCGCUGUUACCCUGGUCUGUCAGAAGGAGCUUUAAAUUUCAUGAAGAACAGCCUGAAUAAUAAAUCCUGGGGGAGACCAACAUCGGCCGAGUGUCUCCAGAACCCGUGGCUGCGCGCCCAUCGGGCUCCGCACAAAGUCCGACCCUCCAAAGUUUGCUUCUCCACUGACAAGCUCAGAGCUUACCUCAAGCAGAAGGAGGAGAAACGAGAACAGGUGUGCAUAAAACAUCAGGGGCCGUUCUUCCAGUGAGGUAAAAAAACAAAAAAAAAACAAACACAAAACUUCUUCAUCGUUGUAAAACAAAAAAAAGACAUUACUGCAAUUGUAUUUUUUGUGAUGUGACUUUUCUUCUGUUAAACAAAACCAAAGUUAGUUUCAUAAAAUGAAAUAUCCUGACUUUGAACGUGUCUUAACGAAUCUCAGUUUGUGAAAUCUUUUUGAUUUGGUUUUGAUGGAAUCAUAUCAGGGAUUAGCUAGGACUGCACAUUGAUGCAUGAGUUGAAAGGUUUUAGUUGCUCUCAAAGUGAUUUGCUGCCUUCAUCUGUUAAAAUGUCAAACGGGCGCACGUUUGGUCUUACAUGUAACAUCUUUUUUUGUGUGUUUUAAGAAAACAAGAGAAAAUUUCAGAAAUAUAUUUCAGACCUCAUUACUCAUAAGUUUGCAAUGAAUAAAUAGAAAAACGUGUGUUUUGUGAAUGACCUCCUAUCUUGAAGUGAAUGGAAAAAAUAUAAUAAAUGUCAC